AUGGCGUCGCUCAAUUGUAAGACCGUUGUCUGCGUCGUCUGCUUAGAGAAGCCUAAAUACCGCUGUCCCGCCUGCCGCGUGCCUUAUUGCUCGUUGACUUGCUUCCGGAAGCAUAAAGAGCAGUGCAACCCUGAAACACAUCCUAUAAAGAAAAAAAGAAGUUCAUUUCUUCCUACAGACUCGACAAAGCCUGUGGAAAGCAAAGCUGAUGAGUCAUCUAUAGCUGAUUUUCUCAAUAGUGAUGAGGAAGAGGACAGAGUUUCCUUGCAGAAUUUAAAGAAUCUAGGGGACUCGGCACCAUUGAGGAACUUACUGCUCAAUCCACACCUUAGACAGUUGAUGGUCAGCCUCGAUCAGGGGGAGGACAAAGCAAAGCUCAUGAGAACUUAUAUGCAAGAGCCCUUGUUUGUGGAGUUUGCAGACUGCUGUUUGAAAAUUGUGGAACCUCUUAAGAAUGAGGAUUCUUAA